CCCCCCAGUACUAUACGUAGAAUUUUUCCUUUUGAAAACAAGACAGCAAGGAUGCCUGCCUUACGCCAUGAAACUCUAAACCUGACUUCUUUCAAUUCUCGAAUACGAAACCCUAACCCUAAUUUCUCUGAUUCUCGCCGCCGCAAGCCCCCGCGAAAUCCUCAGGCUUUCAACCACCACCGAUCCAGAUCUGGUGCGAUGGUUACAAAGUUUCCUUCCAGAAACUUUGUCAUGGGCGAGGUUAAGAUCUUGAAACGCGGCGAAUCUUUAGCGAAAGUCGAUAAGCGGGGCUUGUCGAAGAAGGAGAAGCGUAAGCAUCCGACAAUGAUCAUGAAGAUAGAAAAAGAUCCGGAUCUGAUUUUAGGAUCCACAGAUAGGCUAGGACCUGACCCGGAGACUGUUCAGGAGCAGAUUAGGCUUAGCAUAAAUGAGAUUUAUGCAGGAUCGGGUUUUGCAGCAACGUCGCCGCCGCCGAGUUCUGUUCCGGUUCCCGGAUUUUUAGGGAAGAGGUGUAUUGGAACGGCAACGAGUGAUUUGAGGCGAUUGUUGAGACUUGAUUUGGAUUGAUUAGCAAGAAACUGAAGUUUGGUUAGAAGCUCAUGGUCUUUCCUGUAUUUUUUCAAGAGGAAAGGAUUUUGAGCGCAAAAAGAGCUGACUAAUGAAUUUUAGAGAAAUUAGGGAUUCUUCUUAUUGUAUAUUCUUUUAUUCUCUAGUAAAUAUUCUCUAGCUGUUAUUGUCCGUUGUUUAGAGUUACUUUGUAGUUUGUACCACUGCUAUAGUAGCUUUUGCAAUGAAAUUCUCAAUCUUUAGUACUA